UCUCCUCUUCCCCAUCCCCAUCUUUCUAUUUUAUCCUCCAUCUUCCUUUUCUUUCGUCUCGCGUUCUGAAGAUCCAGUUCAAUCUUAUUCCAUCUUUUGGAUCUUUCCGCAGUUUUACUGUCGCUGUUCAUUCUUCGUGAAGAGUCAUCCACCUGGAACACUACCGAGUCACUUGAGCUCCCUUUGCUUGCCUACGAGACAUCCAACUUCUACUCUCUUCCAAGAGAUCACAAAAGAUCAUCCGUCAUCAUGGCUGAAACUUCGACCGUUAUCUCCAACACGGAUAACCUCAUGAAAUACAUGGACCUCCCCCAGAGGGGCCACAUCCAAGCAGAGUACGUCUGGAUUGACGCUGUCGGUGGUUGCCGCUGCAAAACCAAGACCCUCUCGAAACCCGUCAGCUCUGUCGAUGAGCUCCCUGAAUGGAACUUUGAUGGUUCGUCGACCGGCCAGGCUGCUGGUGACAACUCCGAUGUCUACCUUCGCCCCGUUGCUUUCUUCCCCGAUCCCUUCCGCCGUGGCGACAACAUCCUCGUCCUCUGUGAAACCUGGGAUUCGGAUGGUACCCCCAACAAGUUCAACUACCGUCACGAGGCCAACCGUCUGAUGGAGGCCCACUCCAAGGAAGAAUGGUGGUUCGGCCUGGAACAGGAAUACACCCUGCUUGGUACUGACGGCUGGCCGUACGGAUGGCCCAAGGGUGGUUUCCCCGGUGCCCAGGGUCCUUACUACUGCGGUGUUGGUACGGGCAAGGUCUACUGCCGUGAUAUCGUCGAGGCUCACUUCCGUGCUUGCCUGUACGCCGGUAUCAAGAUCUCCGGUAUCAACGCUGAGGUCAUGCCCUCGCAGUGGGAGUACCAGGUUGGACCUUGCAAUGGCAUUGAGAUGGGCGACCACCUCUGGAUGUCCCGUUUCUUCCUACACCGUGUCGCUGAAGAGUUCGGCGUCAAGAUCUCGUUCGAGCCCAAGCCCGUCAAGGGUGAGUGGAACGGUGCCGGUCUUCACACGAACGUCUCGACAGCCUCGAUGCGUGAAGACGGUGGUAUGAAAUUCAUCGAAGCCGCCAUGAAGAAGCUCGAGGCCCGUCACGUUGAGCACAUUGCCGUCUACGGUGAGGGUAACGAAGAGCGUCUUACUGGUCGUCACGAAACCGGUAACAUCGACAAGUUCAGCUACGGUGUUGCCAACCGUGGUGGCAGCAUUCGUAUUCCCCGCCAGUGCGCCAAGGAUGGCAAGGGUUACUUCGAGGACCGCCGUCCCGCCAGUAACGCUGAUCCUUACCAGAUUACUGGUAUCAUCGUCGAGACUCUCUGUGGUGGCAACUAGAUCACUUCCAAAAACAUUGGCAUUUCGUCUUAGCGCUCGUAUACCCUUCGGUGUCAACAGAGCGGGACUCAGGAGUGCAGCCUGGCAGCAUACUUCAUGGCAGAUUUUCUCUUGGUGUUCUUUUUCCUUUCUUUUUCGACUGGGGUGCCAGAGCUUGCCUUUUGCGUUCGUUGACCCGCAUAUGCAUUAAUUAUUUUCGUUGUCUGUCGUUUUUGUGGGUUAUGUGUUACGUUCAAUAGCAUAGAUCUUUCAUUAGUGCUACGGGGUGAUAUUGGAGGCACCGUCGUUAGCACAGGAUCAGGUUGGAGGAGCAUUGAUACAAUGGGAAUUGGGAAACAAAAAAGCCGGAUGGCAUACUGUUUUAGUAGAAAUGUACUGUACAAUCGUUAUAGGGAUAAUUGGGCACUGGCAUAAUCAACUGGAUUAUAUGGCUAUCAGUAAUAUGAUGCA